AUGAAGGCUAUAGUUAUUGUAUUCCUUUUUUUGAGCCUCUUUGGACUGAGCUUUAGUCUGUACAGAAAACACUUCCUUGUGAAAAAAAGAAUGACCUGGGAAGAUGCGCAGAAAUACUGCAGAGAGCACCAUGAUGACCUGUCCACUGUCAAUGAAGAAGAGGCACAACAGAUUUCCACUAAUCCAGAAAACAAUAAUGGAUAUUUUUGGAUUGGACUGCACAUGAUUUCUAACAACCAAGAAAAAUGGACUUGGUCUGGAGGUGAGGAUCAAAAAAUCUUUUGGGACAUUUCGGAACCAAACAGUGUCACUGAACAGUGUGGCUGUUUAAACAGAUAUACUGCUAAACUGCACAAUGCUAUGUGCCCUAAUUAUUUGCAAUUCUACUGUAUGGAGGUCUUUGAGCCCAUUCUGGAGCAUCAGAAUAAGACAUGGGAUGAAUCCCUGAACUACUGCAGACAGAACUACAUUGACCUGGUGAGCCUAAGUUCUCAAACAUAUAUGGAAGAGGUGAUAAAUAAGACUCUAACAUCCCAGACAGCUUAUGUGUGGACUGGUCUGCACUUUAUGGCUGGCUAUUGGUUCUGGGUCAGUGGAGAUGAUCUUCAAUAUAAAGCCUGGUCUACAGAGGGAGAGAUCCAGUGUCCUUCUGGAAAUCUGCGCUGUGGAGCUCUGGACAGAGAACAGAAGCUUUGGAAACCCAGAGAUUGUGAGGAAAGACAUAAUUUUCUCUGCCUUAAGAAGCCAUAA